AUGUCCGAUUUAAGAAAAAGUCUCUUGAAACCUUUGUUUGGAAAAGUAGAAAGAGUCAUGACGACACAAUCUUCUUUGAAAAGUAAUCCUCGGCAUGAUUCAAGUUUAUUAUUUUUUUGCAUGAGAGCGAAACUUGAAUUGAACAAGUAUAAAGUUAAUGAAACGGAAGAUGAAGCCCAACAAGUUCGUGAGAGCUUGUACAAGAUCAAUUACCUGCUUGGAUUGACUAUCAAGGAUCCAGAAUUAACUUUAUUAAAAAUCAUAGAAAUUUUGGAAUCUGAGGUAUUUGAAUAUGUGACAGAAAUUGAUUUGCAAGCCGCACCAGUGGAACUAUUUGACCAACAAAUUCUUUUAUUUAAACGACUAAUGAUUGCUUUAUCGUAUACCGAGAAGGAAUGGUUUCAAGAAAUUUUGAUAUCUCGGAAAUCUUUCAAAUUUCAAGUUGCAAAUUGUACUCAAAACUUUUUAAAUAGCUUCACAAAAUGUACUUUAUCCAAUAUUCAAAAAACCUUCUUAGAACAGUUUUUGGAUAGACUACUUAAACUAUACGAGUGUGAGCCUGUCUUUUUGUCCUGUUGGAUCGAUGAGCAUAUCAAUAACAUAGAUACAAAUCAGAAAGGGGAGCUUCCCAUCUAUGAUCUAAUUCAGAAUGUUUUCUUCACUAGACCUCCAGAUUGUGGUUUUGCAACAUCGGCAAUGUCUCGAUUUAUGCAACUAUCAAGUAAAAUUCCCAGACUCGAACUUUGGAUUUUCCACAAUUCUAACCUUGCUGAAUGUUUGAUACAAACCUUGGUAGAAAUUCUACAAGUACCUUCUUUACUUCUGUCAAACUAUGAGAAAUACAAGAAGAUAUCUGAUUUCUACAUCAAGCUAAUCAUCUCAGGCACUUCAGAAGGGAUUAGCGAACUGUAUGUACAUAUAUUUGAAAAACUACUCAUGUCCAUACUUACCUCAAAUAAUUUGGAUGUAACUUUGAACUUCCAUAUAUGGUUAUGUCUGUAUGUGAAACAUUUCGCAAAUACACCAGUUUUGGAAUAUUUUAAUCUUCGAUUAUUCAAUUCAGGCGAAUACAUGAAUUCAGUUAAAAAAUUGUAUUUUUCAGAUGAACGAUAUAUAAUUUUGGAUUUUAUAUUGUCAGUUUUAAUACAUAGUCCCCUUUUAACGGCGGCCUUGAUGUGCGAAGAGCGUACAUUCGACAUUUGUGAAUUUCAAAUUAAUCAUCAGCAGCUUAACGAUCUUCGAACGAUGGCUAUGGAAGUGUCAAGAUCUGAUAGCUCUACAACAAUAAGGAAGGUAUUGUCUCAAACUUUUCUUGCUGCAAAAAACCAGAAAAUCAAAGAAGAAAACAAAAAUUGUCUACUCUAUUCGAGUAAAAAGUUUUACCCCAGUCUCUUAUCGCAUUCCCUUGUGAACUUUUUCCGCAAUACGUCAUCCUACAAUCAGAAACUUACAAAAGUGAUUAGUGAAUUACUUCACUGCAGAGAUAGUGGUACUAUAAUUAAUGCAUUUUUUGACAAACCAUCUAUAAAUGGGGUGAUAAUUUUAGACAUGUGUCGAAUAACCAACUUUUUAUACGAAGCAUACACAGCGUAUGACGCGCUAAUCGUUAAGCUGAAGAUCGACAAGUAUGGAACAAUGGAGAGUGGGUCAUUCAAAGGAAAUCAGUUAUAUGAAUACCUCCAACCCAAAGCAGAGUUUUUACAUCUUCCUCGAGCUGACGAUAAUCCUAUUAGCGGGGAUUGGGAAAUAUUAUGGAAAUACCAGUAUGACUCGACUGAUAUUCAACUAACCCAUGAAUGGUUAUCCUUAAAUAUGGAGAACUUCAGAAAAUAUAUAAUCGAAAUAUACUGCGGGUGUAAACUUCAGCAAUUAAUAUUUAAAACAGAAUUUGAAAGCCAGACCUACUUAGUCAAAGCUUCCUGUCUGCAAUAA